UGGUGACUCCUAAUUCCCAUUCAUUGUGUGUUGUGUUGAUGUUGGGCUGGGAGCAGUAUAAAACCCAGGGCUCCAUCUGAGAUGUGACUGUGCAGCCAGAAGCCACCACAUCACUGCCCAUCCUCCACCCAGCAACUCUGCCAGCCAUGAGGUCCUCCCUGGCUCCAGCCAUCAGGGUGCUCCACUCUGUGCCCAGGGACAACUGGUACCGGGGGUAUAUUAUGGUGCUGACCUUCCUAAUCUACACCAGUUACCAUCUCUCCAGGAAGCCGAUCAGCGUGGUAAAGAGUCAGCUGAACCGAAACUGUUCCGCUCUUCCCAACCCUCCGGCAAAUCUGUCCGAGAAUGACACCACCUGGUGUGACUGGGCGCCGUUCGACCAGCCCAAUUACAAAGAGCUCCUGGGUUCCUUGGACACCUCAUUCCUGGUGGCCUACGCCAUUGGCAUGUUCUUCAGUGGUAUUUUUGGCGAGCGCCUACCCCUGCGCUAUUACUUGUCAGGAGGGAUGGUCCUUUGCGGAGUGUUCACAGCCUUACUGGGACUGGGCUAUUACUGGGAGGUCCAUGGCCUAUGGUACUAUAUACUGUUCCAGACACUAAAUGGUUUGGUCCAAACCACAGGGUGGCCGUCGGUGGUCUCCUGCAUGGGAAACUGGUUUGGUAAAGGAAAGAGAGGCUUCAUCAUGGGGAUCUGGAAUUCUCACACAGCCGUCGGGAAUAUACUGGGCUCGCUAAUUGCGGGGGUCUUCGUGUCCACGGCCUGGGGAUUGUCUUUCAUUGUGCCAGGAAUUAUAAUCGGUUCAUUAGGAGUAGUCUGCUUCUUCUUUCUAAUUGAAUAUCCAGAAGACAUCGGCUGCUCUCCUCCCAUUCAGAACGCUGGAGAGAAGGAUGAUCUGGAAAACAUCCAAGUCAUGAACAGCAGCACAGAGAACAUAUUUACCAAUCAGGCUGGUGAUACCAUGGAGGAUCCUGGGAUUCCACAAGAGACUAUUGAGCACCCGCAGGCCAUCAGUUUCUGGGGGGCCCUUAAGAUCCCGGGCGUGGUGGAAUUCUCACUGUGUCUGCUGUUUGCUAAGCUGGUCAGCUAUACAUUCCUCUACUGGCUGCCCCUGUAUAUCUCCAAAGUAGCUCACUUUGAUCCCCAGAAGGCCGGAGACAUGUCCACUCUAUUUGACGCUGGUGGCAUUAUAGGUGGCAUCCUGGCUGGGGCGAUAUCUGAUUUAAUAAAUGGACGAGCCGUCACUUGCUGCGUCAUGCUGAUUCUUACUGCCCCCAUGCUGUUCAUAUACAACCACUUUGGGCAGACGGACCUCUCCGUCACGAUCGCCAUGCUAAUUAUAUGCGGGAUGUUGGUGAACGGGCCGUAUUCACUCAUCACCACCGCCGUGUCUGCAGAUCUGGGAACACAUGAAUCCUUGCAUGGGAACGCCAAGGCUCUAUCUACUGUCACUGCCAUUAUUGAUGGAUCCGGAUCAAUAGGUGCUGCUCUGGGACCCGCCCUCGCCUCGGUGCUCUCCUCCCAUAGCUGGAACUACGUCUUCUACAUGUUAAUAACGUCCGAUCUCUUAGCUUGUGUAUUUCUGUUGCGUCUGGUGUACAAGGAGAUUAAAGAAAUGUGCUCGUGUUGCAGAAAGGCCAGAGGGUUUAGAAUGAUGUGAUGAUAUGAGUGUCCGCGUGCCUCCCACCUCCCCCUCCGUUCCAUGCUGGCCGGUUCAGCUCUCCUGCUGCUAAUUUUACGUACGACACUGGAAGUUGUUUUUGUCUUGUUUUUUCAAAACUGAAUUGAAGGAUUUUGGCAAAAGGAUUAUUUAACCGUUUUACUCCUCAAAGAAAACAAAAUGUGGACAAAGACUUUUAGCCCCAUCCCACAUCUGUACAUAAAACAGUCGCCCUGUUUCCAUGUAAUUAUAUUUUCUUCUGUGAUUUUAAAAUGUUCUUUCAAAUUUUUA